ACGCCAAACACACCACUCACAUCUUAGCCGGUGGUUGGUCGGCCUGUCCGCAGGAGAAAGUGCCACCCAAGUCUUAAAGACGAGCCACUUCUAGCCUUCCAAUCGUCUUACGUAGCCGAGAAGCGUUAGCAAGUUGUAUUUUUUGUGGUGAAAAAGUUUUAUGAAAAAAAUGAAGGCCGUGGUUCUUUUUGUCUUCGUGAGUGUUGGACUGGCCGGCUUGACGGAGGCUGUGACGAAUGCUACCGCUGAGGACAUCGAAGAAAUCUUGAGACAUCACAACUUUCUCCGAAGGACCGCGCCGCCUCUGGCGGCCAACAUGCUUCCAUUGGUGUGGAAUGAAGAGUUGGCGGACCAGGCACACGAGUGGGCGCUGAACUGUUCGAUUGAACACGGCUUUCCACCUCGCCCUAACUCGACCUUCGGUACUCAUGUAGGACAAAACAUCUGGCUCAGUUCACUGGCCCAGAUCAACCUCACCGUAGUGAUCCAGAGCUGGUACGACGAGAUUGACUUCUACAACUGGGAGGAGACCAAGUGUCAUCCGCCACCUGGCGGAAUGUGCACGCAUUACACCCAGCUGAUGUGGGCCAGUACGACUGAUGUGGGCUGCAGCUACUACCAUUGUCCCUGGAAUGGGCAUGCAGUCGUGGUGUGCAACUACGGACCCCAAGGAAACCUGGCCAACACCCGGCCGUACCUGGCCGGCCCGCCCUGCUCACAGUGUCCCAACCAGGAGGGAUGGUGUGACGAGGGGUUUUGUGUUGACUGUCCUGCCCAAAACUGCGAUUGUGCCCUGGAAUGCAAGAACUGCGGAGUGCUCGACCCGACCACCUGUACGUGUACGUGUAAAGACGGCUGGGACAGUCCCGACUGUUCAGUGCCUUGUGAAAAUGGCCAUCGUCUAUGUGGCGCGAACCCCGGCUGGCCAAGUGCAGCGUUCUGCACCAUGACUGGAUUUGACGUUGUCAACGACUACUGCAGGGAAAUGUGUGGACACUGUGACUUCGCCACCCCCGGAGACCCGAAUGCCUGCUGUGAAGGACAGAUGUGUUACAACGGCGGUUAUCUGGACGAGUCCACCUGCCUCUGUGUCUGUCCGGCAGGGUUUGAGGGGGCGGACUGCAAUGGACUCGAUGGAGGUGAUUAUAGAACUAGAACUAGACCAACCGAACCACCCACUGGAACCCCCGCUCCACCGCUGGAGUGCUUCGUGUGCAGCAGCGAAAAUGUGACCGAGGGCGACCCCUGUCAUCUCGAGCAGGAACCGCAGGCGUACACGGAAACGUGCGAAUCCGGCGAGCGGUGCAUUGUACGGCAGACCGUAGAUUCGGAGGGGCGUGUCCUGGCAGUGGAGCGGUCAUGUGACAUGCUGAGCGACUGUGGUAUCGAGGAUGCACCGUUCGCUUUCGAGGCUGCGGAGCUGACGGAAUGGCGAUACUGCUGCGACCAUGACAAGUGUAACGGUCAGCAGUUGCGGAUUGGGUCAGGCGGUACACCGACGGCUCCCCUGGUGUCGCUGCUCUUCUGCCUGGUACUGACGACGUUCUCUCUCUGGGAAUAGCACACAAACCACACAAUAUUCUCCACCACGAGAAAGGAAUAGGACAUACUUGGCUCUAGAAUACGAUAACACCCUAUAGUUCACAUUUGAUGCAUAAUUGAGCAACAAAGAAUGGACACAACUUUGGAUGACAAAUGAUACUAUAUG